AUGCGGCGGAACGAUGGUGGUGGAACACGGCUGGAGCCCAGGGAGAACCCUGGGACUUUGCUGGAUGGCGACAAUGAGUGGUCAGAGGCGCAGCAGCUGGGGUACGAGGGUGAGCAGUCGGCAGCAGUGGCACAGCCAACAAGUCAGAGCGGUGGUGGAACACGUCAGAACCGAGGGAGCAAGGCUGCAUCGGGGGGACUUCAACGGGCAGCGAGAGUGAUGAGGUCGACGGUGUGUCAUCCACUAUUGAAGCUCGAGGGUCUACCCGGAAGCGAGAGUUGUUACGGCGACCAGCACACAAUGCUGUCCUCAGAUGAUGUGCUGCCCCCUCCUGGUGACUUCCAGGUCCUGUUGCUGACAUUAGAUUCUGUGUCUCUGAGCUGGAGUUCUGCUCAGUGGCUGACAGGACCACAGACAUUCAGAGUGACCUGGGGGUGUGACGGUGAAACAAGCUCAACAAAAGUGAAAGGUGGGCAUUAUCUUGAAAUAAGCAGUCUCAAACCUGGUGAAAAGUACCAGUUCAACAUGGCUACAGAGGGAGAAGAUGGAAGACAAAGCAGAUGGGUCUCAGCAUCCCUAUCCACAGUGGUCCCACCCAGAGAUUUAAAGAUAGACCAUUUGGAAGAGACAUCCUUCACUCUCCACUGGUCCAAGGCUGAAGGGAUGGAGAAAGUCCCACAGCGCUUCCUCAUAUCCUACUGCAUCCCAGGAACAGACCCCCGUGCAGCCAAUACUGACCACUGCAACAAGACUUUCUCAAACCUGCAACCUGGCACAGAGUACACUGUUAGUGUUACAACUGUGCUGAGCAAUGGGGAACAGAGUGAACCUGUCUCUACAACAAUCUGCACUAUACUUCCUGUUCCAGACCAGCUGACUGUUGACUCAGUGGACACCACAUCAGCUGCUGUUAGCUGGAGCCAGCCACCAGGAUUGGACCAAACCCAACAUCAUUACCAGAUCUCUUACCACUGUCCAGGGACAGAACCACACAUCACUACCACAUCUUCACACAGCAUCACUCUCUCUGACCUGCAAUGUGGUACUCAGUACUCUGUCACUGUCUGCACUGUGCUGGAAAGUGGAAUGCAAAGUCAACUGGUGUCAACAACCCUCACCACAAUUGCAGAGAGAGACCAGCUACAGAAUAGUCUAAAUAACAGGACCACUGAGAGAGACCAGUUGCAGAAUAUUCUAAAUACCAGGACCACUGAGAGAGACCAGCUACAGAAUAGUCUAAAUAACAGGACCACUGAGAGAGACCAGUUGCAGAAUAUUCUAAAUACCAGGACCACUGAGAGAGACCAGCUACAGAAUAUUCUAAAUACCAGGACCAAUGAGAGAGACCAGUUACAGACCAGGCUUAGGUUCUAUGAGAAACCCUGUCUGGAUGGAUGGUGGAAGUUUGGCACCAGCUGUUACUAUGUCUCCUCCACGAUGGACACAGGCGGGGGCGGUCAGAAGGAGUGCAGAACAAUGGGUGGAGAUUAUGUUAUUAUAAACAGCAGAGAAGAACAGAUAUUUAUCCAUGGAUUUAAGAAGAAUGUCUGGAUUGGUAAAUAUAAAGAGGAUGGAAUCUGGGACUGGGUUGGCAAAACACCAUUUAAACCUACCUAUUGGAUGGAAGGGGAACCUAAUAACUUGAAUGACAAGAUGAAUUGUGUUGAGAUCUCACAGACGGCAUCAGACCCAUUGAAGAGUUGGAAGGUUGCACCAUGUCCUACUCCAAAACACUGGGUGUGUGAAAAACCUUUCACACUGUAGUUUAAUUAUAAUAGCUAAUGUAAUCCCCUAUCUUAUGGAGUUGAACUGGUUUUCACUGUGUUAGGUUUAACCUGUUUCUGUUUCUAUGUGUAACUACAUUGAAGGAGCGCACAACAGAACAUGGUUUCUCAUGAGUUUCUCAUGGUUUUUCAAGGUUUCUCAUGUCUUAUUCAGUUUCUGGUUUUUCUUUGUUCCUUUUGUAAAUGAGCAACGAGGUGUCACCAUUAGAUUAUUUUUCUAGUCAUGUUUUUUUAACUCGUUUUUUUUUUUUUAUGAAGUAUUUUUAAUUAAAUCGAUUUUAUUCAAAACUAAAGUUUUUUGUUGCUAAGGAUUCCACGACACGGUUAGCCUUUAUGGCUGGGACUGCAAGUUUGUGUUCCAUUUUUUUGCGUGGAUUCCGCGAGUGCUAGCUGGCUGUACUACAGACACCUGUCGUCGUCGUGGGAAAGACUCGUUGUUAUCUUUUCGUAAAACAACUGGUUGCAGUAUAGCAGUAUACUAUGCUUUAUCUUGGCCAGGUCGCAGUUGCAAAUGAGAACUUGUUACCUGCCUACCUGGUUAAAUAAAGGUGAAAUAAAUAGAGCCAAUCUGGAUACCAAGCAGAUCCUGAGGGAAAUCUACAAGUACCAACAGCGUUACGCUAUGGAGGAACAACAUACUCCUUCGUGGAAAGAUCCGACCAACUCACAAAAUAACUUUAACCCGACAAGAAAAAGAAAAACAGAUUCAUCUACUGACACGGACGAUUUACUUACCAUUGAGGUAGAGGCUAGUGCUCUGGCUGGAAUCCAUGCAACAAUGGAAAAGUUGUGUGAGGAGGCAGCAGGGCUGAGGGGGAGUUUGGAGUUCAGCCAGAGUGAAAUUCCCAAGCUUCAAAUAGAAAACAAGACACUCACAGCCAAGGUAAAAAUACAUGAUUCCAACAUGGAUUGUCUACUCAGGGAAAACAGGGUGGUGAAGGAGUCGCUACCAAACACAAAGUCAUAGUAUGUGUGAAAAUAUUUAUUUUUCUGGGAUUCCUGAGGACGCAUCCAAUAAUUCAGAGAAUUCAUGCAAUCCGCCUUGAAACUUCCUAUAGAGACUGUAAACAAGGUGUCUUUCCACCGAGUACACAGACUUGGAGCUGAUCAACACUACCAACAAAAGGAGCUGAUCAAAAGCAGAGGAAGGGAGCUUAAAGGGACCAAAUUCGGUCUCAAUGACCAAUUUGCAAAGCAGAUAAAGGAACGUAGUAAGAGACUGUAUCCGGUACAAAGACAACAAAGGAAGGAUGGUAGGCGUGCCUUUGUCAAUGUGGACAAACUCUUUAUAGAUGGACAGCUAUUCCGAGACAGCUCCAUGGCAGUACUAAAUUCUACAGGGACUUCAGGUAACAUAAAAGAAGGUAUGGGAACUGUUUAAAAUAUCUUAACAUUAUGAAGUGGAUAUGAACACACACGUACUCAACUACAUGCUUGCUUACACGUACGGACUUAUACACACACACACACACGUGAUUUCGCUCUCUUCUCUCACUCUCUCUUUCUUUUCUCCCUUUCUCUCUAUUGUCAAACUUUUUUAGAAUUGAAUGUGUUUAUUGUUUGUCUAUUUGUCUACAAGUUUAUAUAUGUUUACACCAAGCAAGGGGAAGAUAUCAGAAUAGUGGCAUUGGGGAAUAAUAACAUAUUGUACGGAAUACAUUUGUACUGUAGUGAAGCCGUCUCUAGAGUAAUGCAAGAUCUCUUUCAUAAUCAUGUGAAAUGUCAAUUGCUUUGGAAAUGCUGGGAUGUGUUUUUCAAUGAUAUUAAAGGUAAUUAUGAUGCAACUAUGAUGGUGAUACGAUAUGGAUUACAAUUAUGAAUAUUAAGGCUAUACGCACUAUAUGUUACACACAUAGACACUCAAACAUGCAAAUUGGCAGAGGUAUUAUUUAUUUGGACAUCACACAUUAUAGUCUUACUCUUAUACAGACAUCAUACACACUCUCAUUAAAUCACAUCCAACAUCAUAAACAUCAACCUACUCAGAUUUGUUACACACAUUAUUUGUCUCAAUUUUCUAACAUAUGUGGCAUUGGCUCACAGGAAACAGGCAAGGGAAUAAAACAAAUAUUGCUAGAACCUAUUUCUUGAAUUCUAAAUAUCAGACAUUUGAAAGCUCUAGUUUUGAACUUCAUAAUACCUCUGAUGGCAGUAACUUUACAAGCACUAAUUAUGGUAAAUUUA